UUUAAACUUUUUCUCUUGUUUCUUUUCUCUCAUCUUGCUGCUUCAGUUCAGCUUUGUUUCAUCUGAGAGGAAACCAAAGAGCAGAGAGGACUGAGAGUGUGAAGCCACACAGUUUAUUUAUUCUCUGACCUCAGAUCAUCGAGCAGCAGCAUGGAGGAAACAUCUCUACUGAGGCUGAUCUCUCUGAUCUCUCUGCUGAGCCGCUCAACAAACCAAGUUCAUCUGACUGUGAGUCCCAGCAGAUCUCAGUUCUUUAGAGGAGAAUCAGUGACUCUGAUCUGUGAGGAUGAAAACGGAUCUGAUGGAUGGACUGUGAGGAGAAACACAACCAGAGGAACCAGGACGCGAUGUGAAGUAUGGGGGAAAUUAAAUGGUUCUACCUGUAACAUGAACUACCUCGUCCCAUUAGAUACUGGUCUGUACUGGUGUGAGUCCAUGUCUGGAUCCUCCAGCAGCAGCAGCAGCAUCCAGCUCUCUGUCUCUGGUGGAUCAGUGAUCCUGCAGAGUCCUGUCCUCCCUGUGAUGGAGGGAGAUGACGUCACUCUGAGCUGCAGAGCAAAGAAUCCAACCCACAACCUCCCAGCUGCUUUCUAUAAAGAUGGCUCCUUCAUUGGUGAUGGACCAUCAGGUCACAUGACCCUCCUCCAUGUUUCCAGCUCUGAUGAAGGCCUCUAUAAAUGUAACAUCAGCCGUCAUGGAGAGUCUCCAUCCAGCAGGAUCUCUGUCAAAGGUCGGAUUUUCUCUGGAGAAAAACCAACAACCACAGCCCCGCCCACUACAGAAGCUCCUCCCACUUGCUCACCUUCCCCUCUCCUCAUCAUCACUCUGCUCUGCCACCUGGUGGUGAUGUUCCUGUUCUUCAUCUGCUCUUUCCUCUUGGGGUUUUCAUUUGGACUCAGAACCAAAGGAAGUGACCCGUUACCAUUUGUGAAGAUGACUCCGCCCCCCCAGGCUGAGCUGGUACCAGGUGAUGAUGAUGAUGAUGAUGAUGAUGAUGAUGAUGAUGAUGAUUACGUCACCACAGAGCAUCACUUCUGAACCAAACAUUCUCAUCCUGCUCUGCUCCUGCUGUCUUCUUCCUCUUCGUUUUCUGGGAACAUUGCUUUAAAGCUUUUAUAAAAAAUAUUUGUUUUUUCUUAUUUGUUGAAACUGUAAUCUUCAACUUUGGAAUAAAAUGUGGAGUUAA